CGGUCUCGUGCAACCGGUCGACAGCCCCCGGUACACCGGGCGUUAAUCUGGACCCGUCUGCGCUCCUCCAUCCGCGGAGAUAACGGAGCAGACCGUGGAGCCGGCGGCUGCAGAAACCGUCCGCCCCGCACUCCUUCACGGUCAUCACGUCACCCGCUCCCACCCUCCCCGGGAGACCACGGAGGCUCGAGGGGUAGAGUUACAAGAGAGGGAGGGGGGGUGGUAGAGAGACCUCGCGGAGGAGUGGGAGGAGGAGAGAGAGGGAGGUGAAGCAGCUGAAGCUACCGCUAACUAGCCAUGUUGCUGUCCCCUCCGCCGCUGCUGCUGGUGUGUGACUGCUAGCGGGCCGCCCUGGACUCCCUAACCGCCCUCAGGUGCAUCAUGCCCGGCUGGAAGAAGAACAUUCCGGCCUGUCUCCAGCCAGACCAGGAAGGAGAUGAAGGGCCGUACACGAAACACUCGGCAGGGUCCCGACCUCCAGAUGGAGCGCUGGCCAUCAGGAGGCAAAGCAUACCAGGGAUCUGUUUUCCAGACGAGUUUCGGGGAUGCACGGUGGUGGAGCUGAUGAAGAAGGAGGGAACGACGCUCGGACUCACCGUUUCAGGAGGCAUCGACAAAGACGGCAAGCCUCGGGUUUCAAACCUGCGACAGGGAGGGAUCGCUGCCAGGAGCGACCAGCUGAACGUGGGCGACUACAUCCGCGCGGUCAACGGCAUCAACCUGGCCAAGUUCAGGCACGACGAGAUCAUCAGCCUGCUGAAGAACGUCGGCGAGCGAGUGGUGCUGGAGGUGGAGUACGAGCUGCCGCCCGUCUCCGUGCAGGGGUCAGGCGUCGUUUUCAAGAACGUGGAGGUGACGCUUCACAAAGAAGGAAACAGCUUCGGCUUCGUCAUCAGAGGUGGAACCCACGAGGACAGGAACAAGACCCGCCCCAUCGUCAUAACGACCAUCAGGCCCGGCGGCCCGGCUGAAAGAGAAGGAACCAUCAAGCCGGGCGAUCGGCUGCUCAGCAUCGACGGGAUUCGUCUCCACGGCAGCACGCUGUCGGAGGCCAUGAGCAUCCUGAAGCAGUGCGGCCAGGAGGCCACGCUGCUGAUAGAGUACGACGUCUCAGUGAUGGACUCCGUGGCCACGGCGUCGGGGCCGCUGCUGGUUGAAGUCGCCAAGGCGGCCGGAUCCAGCCUGGGCGUGGCUCUUUCCACCUCCAUGUUCUGCAACAAGCAGGUCAUCAUCAUCGACAAAGUCAAACCAGCCAGCAUAGCCGACAGGUGUGGCGCUCUUCACGCAGGGGAUCACAUCCUGUCUGUCGACGGGAAGUCGAUGGAGUUUUGCUCUCUGGCCGAAGCCACCCAGCUGCUCUCUGCGUCCUGUCAAACCGUCCGCAUGGAGAUUCUUCCGCAGCACCAGGCCCGACCGGCCCUGAACGCACCGCAGCACGUCAAGGUACAGCGUAGUCCCCGCCCCCUUCCCUGGGAAACUGGAGGCUCCGCCCCCAUCCUCCCUCCUUACCACUACAACACCUACCAUCCCGAUCAAUCAGGCGCCAGGUCCCACAACCGCCAUGCAAACAACCCUCCUCUCAGCCACUCGUUUUCUCCCGGCUCCAUGUCGGCCUACAGUCUCUCGUCCCUCAACAUGACCACGCUGCCCAGGAACAUGUACCCCACGAGUCCGCGCAGUACGAUGAUGAGGAGGAAGGCCAAAAAGAAGGACUUUAAGAGUUCCUUGUCUCUGGCGUCCAGCACGGUUGGCCUCGCUGGUCAGGUGGUCCACACAGAAACUACAGAGGUGGCGCUGCUUGGCGACGGCAUCAUGGGGUUUGGCCUGCAGCUCCAAGGGGGAGUCUUUGCCACGGAGACUCUGUCGUCACCGCCCCUCAUCGCCUACAUUGACCCCGACAGCCCUGCUGAGAGGUGUGGCAUCCUGCAGAUCGGCGACAGGAUCCUGUCUAUUAACGGCGUGCCGACCGAAGACUCGACCUUGGAGGAGACCAACCAGCUGCUCAGAGACUCGUCCAUCACGGCGCAGCUCACGCUGGAGAUCGAGUUCGACGUGGCAGAGUCCGUCAUCCCCAGUUCAGGGACGUUCCACGUGAAGCUCCCAAAGAAACCCGGCGUGGAGCUGGGAAUCACCAUCAGCUCGCCGUCCAACAGGAAACCAGGCGACCCUCUGAUCAUCUCCGACAUCAAGAAAGGAAGCGUCGCUCACAGGACAGGAACGUUGGAGCUGGGAGACAAGCUGCUGGCCAUCGAUAACAUCCGGGUGGAGAACUGCUCCAUGGAGGAGGCCGUUCAGAUCCUGCAGCAGUGCGAGGAACUCGUCAAACUGAAGAUCCGCAAAGACGAAGACAACUCAGAUGAGCAGGAAGUGUCCGGCAGCAUCAUCUACACGGUGGAGCUGCAGCGGUACGGCGGCCCGUUAGGAAUCACCAUCUCAGGCACCGAGGAGCCAUUUGACCCCAUCAUCAUCUCCUCCCUGAGCAAAGGAGGGCUGGCUGAGAGGACGGGGGCGAUCCACGUCGGCGACCGCAUCCUGGCGAUCAACAGCAGCAGCCUGAAGGGGAAACCUCUGAGCGAAGCCAUCAGUCUGCUGCAGCAGGCGGGCGAGACGGUCACUCUGAAGAUCAAGAAGCAGGGAGAGCUGUCGAGCCCAAAGUCCUGUGUGAUUGGACCAGGGCUGGGGGUGGGGCUUAACCUGGAAAGCCAGGAUGGGGAGGAGGAGCCUGUCAUCACUGUGGUGCCUCCGUCCAAUCAGAGAGCGUUCAGCACGCUGCCGUCUGUGGACAGCGCCGUGGACUCCUGGGACGGGUCCAACAUGGACAGCAGCUUCAGCACCACAGCUCCGCCCUUCCAGUCGUCUCCGUACAGCUUCCAUGAGUGGCGCGGCGUGAAGACAGCGAACAGCCAAUCAGCCGCUCGGCAGAGAGCCAAUCCGCUGUCAGAUCUGGGGCUGAGUGACGACGACUGGGACCGCCCGCCGCUCGGAGGCGGCUCUAAUCUGCCCAGUGGAUUAAUCACUGACAGCAGGUUCACGGUGGGCCACGACGGGACCGAGCCCGACCAGGAGGAGAAUUUCUGGUCUCAGGCGCUGGAGGAUUUGGAGACGUGUGGUCAGAGCGGCAUCCUCAGAGAGCUUGAGGCAACCAUCAUGUCAGGCUCCACGCUCAGUCUGAACCAUGAUCCCACCCCUCUGCGCAGCACCCUUGGUCGUCAGUCAAGCUUCCAGGAGCGCAAUAGCUCCAAACCGCAGGUCAACCCUCGCUCCAACACCUUGCCCUCAGACCCUCAGCGCCGAGCCUUUGCGAUGAAAAAGAUGAGGCAAGAAGUGAACGAUAUCUUAAACCAGAACCCUGUGGAACUCCAUAAGCUCACUUUGGAAAAGGCGUCGGACCUGGAGGAUUUUGGGUUCAGCGUUUCUGACGGAUUGUUGGAUCGGGGAGUUUACGUAAAUAACAUCCGACUGGGGGGCCCGGCAGAGCGGGGCGGUCUCCGUGCCUAUGACCGGAUACUACAGAUAAACCACGUGCGGACCAGGGACUUUGAUUGCUGCCUCGUCGUUCCUCUCAUCGCAGAAUCUCCAGACCGGUUGGAGCUGGUCAUCAGCCGAAACCCCUCCUCUUCCUCCACCUCCGCCCCACUGGCCAACCACAAUGACGGCAUCGCCAACAGCAGGCACUCGCCUCAGCCAAUCGGCACCGAGGUGGGACCAUCAGAGGUCUCUGUGGAACAGGUAGAAGACUGCGGUCCGAUCAAGUGGAACCAACCAGGAGACGUGGUGGGGGUGGGGCAGGUCACUAAUAAUUCCUUAUAGCAGACAAGAACCGGAUCAAUCUGGAGUCAGUGGGGAAGCCAGUAAUAUUUUGUUGAAAUCAAACUGGUUGUUUGAACCGGUUCAAAGUGGACUUCUUGUGGUGCUACACACACCGUCUGGAUGAACGUUGGCCUUUGACCACUUAAGCUUGAACCCUGGAACUGCAGAAGGAGCCUAAAAGCACACUACUGGACUGGAGAACCACCUCCUCACACCUUCAUCUGAACCAGUUCCAGAUAAUGGGUCAACUAGAGCUGAAUUUAUUACCCACUGGACUCGCAGCCCGGAGCCACAGGAAUAAACGGUUCCUUAAGCCCAUAUAGCCAGUGCUACUGGUUCUGAUGAAGCCACGAACACAGCCAUCUCCAUUAGUAGGAUUCAGACGUAGAACAAAGUCCAAAGGUCCCAAUGUGAGGGUUCUAUUCUCCUGGGACAAUGGUUCUUGGCUCUAGAAGCUUAGUUCUGGGACUUUUGGUCCUACGGGAGCUAGAGCUGUUGCCGACGGCCUAACUGGUGACAGAUAUCUGUUGGUUCUGGUCUUGAUUGGUGGAAGAACCACAUUUCUUUUCCAUCAAAGUCAGAACUACAACCAGCGGUCUUACCUGUUCUGAGAACUGAUCCUGGUUCUUUGUGACAGGGUUACAGAGCCACGGGUCUCACUGGUCCAAGAUGCAUCGGUAAAACUGGUUGGACCAUUGAUGCGGUUUCUACUGAGCCUUAGCCGCGAUAAGUAAUCUGGUUCUAGCUGUGGGGGGGGGGGGGGGGGGACACUAAAGCAGAGAUGUGGCCAGUGCUUCAUGGCUUCUAGCUCCAGUAUAACAGCUUCAGGCUCUACUGGUUAACAGCCACAGCAGCACAACUACUGACUGGGUUCAAGUCCUGAAUCAAGAACCCAACAAUAGAUGGAAAGGUUGCCAAGGAGACACUAGGGAUGCUCCAAUCUGGUCUUAAUCUGAUUUUUUUUUUUUU